AUGGCUUUUGCAACUGCUGCUGACGACAACGACAAGAAACUUAGAAAAACUUACCAUUGUAAAAGAAAUGUUAGAAGGAGUAAAAGGGGAUGGUGUCCACCUUUUGGCGGAACUAGUACUGGUGCAACUAAUGUAGAACCGGGUGAUAAUUAUUUCGAUCCUGUGCUCGACAAUCCUGUGUUCAACAAUCCUGCGCUCAACAAUCCUGCGCUCAACGGUCCUGCGCUCAACAGUCCCGCGAUUGGGCACAA